GCCAGCAAUCCUUGGACCUUUUCUUGGUUGGGCACAAACAUCAAAGGCACACCGGGCAACAGUCUCCUGAAAUCCCUCAGCGAUACUGUUAUCAACUACGCCUCCGCUUGGGCACAGACCGCGGCCAAUUUUGCAGUCAAUACCUCCACCAUUGGCGUGGCACUCAGAGCUUCUGGAGCACAGUAUGCGCCGCUUGACUUGUCGGCGAUCCAAGCAUCCGCCCGAAAUGCGCUCACUGAUUGCUCUGGGAUUGUGACGACGGAUGCCGUGAUGAUUCCCUCACAAGCCUUCCAGAGGUUGUCGCAAGGUCCAAUCUUUGGGCACUCUACCGCUGUGUUCCCCUCGGGAGGGGUCAAUUGUGGCGAAUCGAACUACACGCUCUGGUGGAAAUUGGAGUACGUCCAGGACGUCCCAAACAGCAGGCGGUCACUCUUGUCGAGGUUUUCAGAUCCGUUCAACAAGUGGACAGGACAAUCGCACCCUGUGAUCCCUCCAGCAUGGCCUGAGUCACCACCGGUUCGUCGAGAUGGUAGCCCGAGCUACUCUGCACAAGUUGAAAGCCCUUCAUCUCCUGUUGACGACGAUUCAAAGUCAUCGUCGGCUGUCGAUGGACCUACCAUGACGACUGUCUUGCCAUCGUCGGUCCCUACAACGCUUCUUGGCCUGAACUCGUCGGCAGUCCAAUUUGACACCAGCGCCAUGCCUUCCGCGGUCAAGACCUGCGGUGGUAUCAGAAGUUUCUCUUGUGAGUCUUGUUCUCAACGUGGCAAUCUAUAGCUGAACGCUGUUCAGUGCAAGUUGGCGUGUCAGGCGCUGCCUGCUUGUUGGCGUUGACGUGGCUGUCGCUGGCUUAAGAAUCCCAGAAAUAUUCUCAUCAUACACCGUUCUCUGUUGCAUCUGGAUUCAU